AUGGGGAAGGAGCAGGAGCUGCUGGAGGCCGCCCGUACCGGGAACCUGCCCGCCGUGGAGAAGCUGUUAUCGGGGAAACGUCUCAGCUCCGGCUUCGGUGGCUCCGGGGGGGGAGGAGGAGGCGGAGGAGGCGGCUCCGGGGGGGGAGGCGGCGGAGGAGGCAGCGGGAGCGGCGGUGUGGGGCACCCGCUGUCCAGUCUCCUCAGCAUCUGGAGAGGGCCAAAUGUGAACUGCGUUGACAGUACUGGAUACACUCCACUGCACCAUGCUGCUUUGAAUGGUCAUAAGGAUGUUGUAGAAGUUCUGCUGAGGAAUGAUGCACUAACCAACGUAGCAGACUGUAAAGGCUGUUACCCUCUUCACCUGGCAGCUUGGAAAGGAGAUGCAGACAUAGUGAAGCUCCUCAUCCACCAAGGACCUUCGCAUACUAAAGUGAAUGAGCAGAAUGCUCUUGAGAUCAAAGAACUCAAAAAGUACGGCCCCUUUGACCCAUAUAUCAAUGCCAAGAACAACGACAAUGAGACGGCGCUGCACUGCGCCGCGCAGUACGGCCACACAGAAGUGGUGAAGGUCCUUCUGGAGGAGCUCACCGACCCCACCAUGCGCAAUAACAAGUUUGAGACUCCCCUGGACCUGGCUGCGCUCUAUGGCAGGCUGGAAGUCGUGAAGAUGCUCUUGAACGCUCACCCCAAUCUCUUAAGCUGCAACACGAAGAAACACACUCCCCUGCACUUGGCAGCUAGGAACGGUCACAAAACUGUAGUCCAUGUCCUCCUGGACGCUGGCAUGGACAGCAACUAUCAGACUGAAAAAGGCAGUGCUUUGCACGAAGCUGCUUUGUUUGGCAAGACAGAUGUGGUACAAAUAUUGCUGGCUGCAGGUAUUGAUGUGAACAUAAAGGAUAACAGAGGCCUGACAGCUCUGGAUAUUGUGAGGGAACUUCCUUCUCAGAAAAGCCAACACAUAGCAGCUCUCAUCGAAGAUUACACGAUUGGGAAGAAAAGUGCCAAAGCUGCAGAGAAGACUGUUCAAGCACCACUUGUUCCAGCCACUGAUCCUGCGUGCCGGAUAUCUCAGGGUGAUGUGGAGAAAGCAGUGACAGAACUGAUCAUAGAUUUUGAUGUUAACCCAGAAGAGGAGAGCCCAUAUGAAGCUUUAUACAAUGCAACGUCCUGCCACUCCCUGGACAGCCUUGCCAGUGGGAGAUCUUCAGAUCGAGAGUCUGUGAAUAAGGAAGCGGAAUCAACUGGUCUCAAAGCAGCAGGAGUCAGGCCUAGAGAACGUCCACCCCCGCCUGCAAAGCCACCACCCGAUGAAGAGGAGGAGCAGCACGUGGAGAAGAAGAUAGGCCAUGGUGCUUCCUGUGAGGCCUCUGUUGCGCGAGGAAAGAGCAGGGGAAGUGGAGCUGAGGAAGAGGAACACCCUUACGAGCUGUUGCUUACAGCAGAAACUAAAAAGCCAGUUGCAGUGGAUAGGAAAACAAAAGACCACAGGAGGAGCAGUGGCAGCCGCAGCCAGGACUCUGCCGACGGCCAGGACAUCCAGGUUCCAGAGCAGUUUUCAGGGUUGCUUCAUGGUUCUUCCCCGAUCUGUGAGAUAAGUGAGGACCCUUUCAGGCUCGUUUCCUCCACGGAGAAAGGAGGCACGGAAGCUACAAGCCACCCACCUGCUAUGCAGCUGGAGGAUGCUGACUUACCUGCCUCUGGAUCAGUACGGACCAGCUCUCCGGACCAAAACCAGAAAGUGGUCUACGCAACCGUCCAGCAUACGCACGUCAACCGGGCGGAUCCUGAAACUGUAGUCACGCCCCACGUGCUACAGCACCCCGGCGGUGCUGAGGAAGAGGGGGACAGAGCUGUGGGCAGAGGCCACCCGGGGAGCAAGCCCAAAGCCGAGCUCAAACUCAGCCGCAGCUUGUCCAAAUCGGACUCCGAUCUCCUGACUUGCUCUCCGACAGAGGACGAUGCCAUGGGGAGCCGGAGCGAAUCACUCUCAAACUGCAGCACUGGGAAGAAGAGGCUGGAAAAGUCCCCGUCCUUUGCUUCAGAGUGGGAUGAGAUUGAGAAAAUCAUGAGUUCCAUCGGCGAAGGCAUUGACUUUUCUCAGGAGCAGCAGAGGAUCUCAGGUUCGCGGAUGCUGGAGCAGAGUGUCGGGGAGUGGCUGGAGUCCAUUGGCCUGCAGCAAUAUGAGAGUAAGCUGCUUUUGAACGGCUUUGAUGAUGUUCGCUUCCUGGGCUGUAAUGUCAUGGAAGACCAGGACCUUCGGGACAUCGGGAUUGGUGACCCACAGCACCGUCGGAAGCUCCUCCAGGCUGCUCGCUCCCUCCCAAAGUUGAAACCCCUGGGCUGUGAUGGGAACAGCCAGCCUUCGGUUCCCGCAUGGCUCGACUCUUUGGGGCUGCAGGAUUACAUUCAGUCCUUCCUCUCGAGUGGCUACAGCUCUAUCGACACUGUGAAAAACCUCUGGGAGCUUGAAAUAGUAAACGUGUUGAAAGUGAAUCUGCUCGGCCAUCGGAAGAGGAUCAUCGCCUCCCUGGCAGACAGACCGUACGAGGAGCCACCGGCAAAGCCGCCGCGGUUCUCACAGCUGAGAUGCCAGGACUUGAUGUCCCAGACAUCGUCGCCCCUGAGCCAGAACGACUCCUGCACGGGUAGAUCUGCCGAUCUCCUGCUCCCCUCCGGGGACACCGGGAAGAGGCAACAUGACCGUGGCACCGAGGUUGCUUCCUACUCCAGAGCUGAGCGCUACAAAGCACAGGAGGACCGUCGGGAGUCAAAGCUGACCCUGCGCCCCCCCAGCCUGGCUGCCCCAUACGCCCCAGUCCAAAACUGGCAGCACCAGCCGGAGAAGCUCAUCUUCGAGUCCUGCGGGUACGAGGCCAACUACUUGGGCUCCAUGUUGAUCAAAGACCUCCGAGGGACGGAGUCUACGCAGGAUGCCUGUGCCAAGAUGAGGAAAUCUACAGAGCAUAUGAAGAAGAUCCCAACCAUAAUACUGUCCAUCACGUACAAAGGGGUGAAGUUCAUCGAUGCCUCUAACAAGAAUGUCAUUGCUGAGCAUGAGAUCCGGAACAUCUCCUGCGCUGCUCAGGACCCCGAGGAUCUCUGCACGUUCGCCUACAUCACCAAGGACCUGCAGACCAGCCACCACUAUUGCCACGUCUUCAGCACCGUGGAUGUGAAUCUGACGUAUGAGAUCAUCCUCACGUUGGGGCAGGCGUUCGAGGUCGCCUACCAGCUGGCCCUCCAAGCCCAGAGAGCAAAGCCUCUGGGUGCUGCAGCAGGAGAAAUGAUUGAAACAAAAUCUUCCAAACCGGUGCCUAAACCACGAGCCGGCAUGAGGAAAUCUGCACUGGAGCCCCCUGAAGUGGACCAAGACUCCCAGUCUCAUGCCAGUGUCUCCUGGGUCGUGGACCCCAAACAGGACUCCAAGCGGACCCUCAGCACUAAGUAUGAGACCACUAUCUUCUAA